AUGGGAGUUGGCGAUAUUUCUAUCCGCUCGAGCGAGCGUCCCGAGGCAGGCUCCGUAAAUAUACAACUUGGCAAGUUCCCAGCAUCUUCGAAAAAUGAGUCUGUCGACGCACACAAAGUCGCGAACGAGGUAGUCGGCCGCUUCAAUGACGCACUCUCGAAACAGAAUCACUCUGGCAUAGCCGACCUCUUCUUCAAAGACAACAGUUACUGGAGAGAUCAUUUAGCCUUGACUUGGAAUCUCAGGACUGUCAAGGGCAACGCUGCCAUCAAGGAGUACCUGCACUCUAGCAAGGUGCGAUUGGAGAAGAUCGAAGUAGACAAGAACACGGACUACCGAGCGCCAAAAUUCGGAGCUAUUGACAAUCUUGGGGAUGUCAAGGGCAUCAACUUUUUCGUCACGUUUGAAACGACUGUUGGACGUGGUGCGGGUGUCAUGAACCUGGCUGAAGAUGAUGGCCAGUGGAAGAUUUUCACCUUGUACACGCUCUUGCAAGAGCUCAAGGGUCACGAAGAGCCUCUUGGUCACAGGAGAACAAAAGGUGUCAAGCAUGGCGGUGACCCAGCAAGGAAGACUUGGAAAGAGAAGCGCGAUGCGGAGAAGGAGGAGAUUGAUCCUACGGUGCUGAUACUGGGAGCUGGACAGGGUGGGUUGACGGUGGCUGCGCGCCUGAAGAUGCUCGGAAUCCCAGCUCUCAUGAUCGACCAAAACGAAAGGGUUGGCGACAAUUGGCGCAAACGCUACCGGCAACUCGUGCUGCACGACCCAGUUUGGUACGACCAUCUGCCCUAUGUGCCCUUCCCUGCGCAUUGGCCUGUCUUUACGCCAAAGGAUAAGCUUGCAGAGUUCUUUGAGGCUUAUGUCACCCUGCUGGAACUCAAUGUAUGGACUUCCACUAACCUCAAAUCAACCUCGUGGGACGAGAACAAGAAGCAGUGGACGGUAACCGUAGAGCGUCGAAUGCUAGACGGCAGUUCACAGACCCGCACGCUACAUCCCAAGCACAUUGUGCAAGCGACGGGCCAUUCUGGCGAGAAGAACUUUCCUAAAAUAAAAGGCAUGGAAACCUUCAAAGGUGACCGUCUCUGCCACAGCUCGGAGCAUCCUGGCGCGGACCCUGAGUCAAAGGGGAAGAAAGCAGUAGUCGUUGGCUGCUGCAACUCAGGCCAUGACAUUGCACAAGACUUCUUUGAAAAAGGUUACGACGUCACCAUUGUUCAACGCAGUACAACCUGCGUCGUUUCAUCCGAAGCCAUAACCGACAUUGGCAACAAAGGACUCUACGACCAAGAUUCGCCGCCUGUUGAUGAUGCCGACCUUACUUUUUGGAGUCUGCCAAGUGAGCUCCUGAAGACGCAGCAAAGCAAGGUGACCAAGACCGAAGCGGAUCACGACAAACAAAUCCACGAUGGUCUUCGUGCCGCCGGCUUCCAAAUUGACAGCGGACCCAUGGACUCAGGCCUUCUGAUCAAGUACUUCCAGCGUGGUGGAGGCUACUACAUCGAUGUUGGCGCGUCCCAGCUCAUCAUUGAUGGUAAGAUCAAGGUCAAACAGGGUCAGGAAAUCGCGCAGAUUCUGCCCAACGGCAUCGAGUUUGCAGAUGGCGACAAAAUCCAGGCUGACGAAAUUGUAUUUGCGACUGGAUACCAGAACAUGCGCACCCAAGCACGCAAGAUCUUUGGAGAUGAGGUGGCAGAUCGGGUCAGCGACGUUUGGGGAUUCAACGAUGAGGGCGAGUUUCGAACUAUGUGGCAGAAGAGCGGACACCCUGGACUAUGGUUCAUGGGCGGUAACCUGGCGCUCUCCAGAUACUACAGUAGAAUCUUGGCAAUACAGAUCAAGGCUAUCGAGGAAGGCAUCAUGUAAGACGCCGAGGGCGCCAAGGCAAGGUCGUAGUCGCAUGUAGUGGAUUCAAUCGUGGCACAACAGACAUGGUGUCGGGCAACCGUAUUUUGACGUGGUUGGUUUGACCUGCCGCCCGGAACCCCAAAUGCACUACUUUCGGACUUAGCGCGGGGUAAACCUCCAUCUUCG